CCUCACUAACUGGUUCUAGCCUAAACUUGCACAUCAGAUCGACCGAGGGUCGGCAUGAUGACGGGAUUUCAGGAAGAGUAAACUAGGUUUGACAUGACAUGACAUAAGCUCGGCAUAAUCUAGGUUCGGCGUGUCCUAGGUUUGAACCGGACCUGCGCACUCGGCCUGCGCCGCAUACAUGUCCCAAUCGGCGCUGAACCUCGUUCCUCCUCUCUCUGUCAAAUCGCCUCUUUUCUCCGUCAAUUCAUCUCUUUUCGCCGUCAAUUCUUCACCACAUCCAGCCAAGCCAAGUAACGCCUCAGUGCUGCAUCCACACUUCACGGAAUCCCCCCGUCAUCGUCAGAAUCGAAUCAAGCUCAAGAGGUCCGAAUCCGACCGCGAGGCCACACGCUGCGCGCCGAGCGUCGAGGUCCUUCCUGCUCGCUGUUUUCGGGUGCAUUGCCAUGCAACCCCACGGAAAAGCGGCCAUCGGAGAAAGAGCCAGAGCGAGCGAGCUAGUUCGCUCGUCUCCACUCCAACUGAUAAGCCUAAGGGUUUCGGCGGAGCUAGCAUUCGACGUUCAGACAAGCUUGAUUCCGUAGCGAACGAGUCGGCCUCGGAUGCACGAGACCCGGGUUCGAAUCCUGCUGUACUACCGUCACAGAACUCGUCCGAACAGGCCAGCAGAUUAGAACCAGCAACCUCGCAGCGAAUCUCAAGCUUAGAUCCGGUAUCCCCGCAGCCGUUUCCAAACUUAAGGCCAGCAAUUGCGCCUGAACCGCAGGCAGGGAAGGCUUCAGCAGUUACCGCCGGCAGCAGCAAUGGCGCUGUUCGUAGCAGUCGCGAGAGGCGCAAGAAGUGCGGGGGACUCAGUAGUGGCCACGGAAGGCGCGGCAACCUCGAGUCAGGCGCGGGAACGACCAGGCCUCGGAAUCUGGAAUCACUCGCAAGUAAGGGACAAGGGUUGAGCGCAGAUUCCAUCACUCCCGCUGCAACUUCCGCCACCCCCGCGCCUGGCGAUAUUGGCUUCCGCCCCUUGCGGACUGGACUGGGCAGCCGCAAGCGCAUGUCGCGGACUGUGACCAAUCGGGUGGCGAGGGCCGUCCACGCGCUGGUAUUGGCUGCUCGAACUGACAGUCAAUCCCCGCUGCUACUGGCUGUGAAGGCCAAUACCAGCGCGUCCAGGGCUCCAGAACUGACCCUCAUCUGUGACAGCCAAUCGGAGUCCAGGAUGGGGAAAGAGAGUCUGCGUGAGCUGCGGAGACUCAAGAAGCUUCCCGCCGCUUUCCUGCGAUCUGUUGCUGAAGAGCUGUGGCUUGUGCGGGAAUUCGAGCUGGCAGCAGAUGUUCUUGACUUGAUUCCACCUGCUACCUCCCUUGGCGCCGGAAAAAUCAGGCGAUUCGAUCUGCUAGCCUCUCAGAUAUCAUGGCAGCUCAUGGUGCCAGCGCAGCCGGCAGAAAGACAGCAGCCUCUAGUUGGUCGCGCUUCUUCCUCCACUCCUUCCCACCCUUUCUCCACACCGUCUCCCGCUCUCUCCUACGCCCCGGGCUGUGCUCUGAUAGAGGCGUUCGGGGAGGUGGGUGUGGUGGAUGGCUCGAGUGGUCCGGAAUCAGGUGAAGCGCGAGCAGCAGGAGAUAUCGAGGGACAGGACAGCAGACAGAGGGACGAGAACUCGCAACGAUCAAGCGGCAGAGAGCUGAGGAGUUCUGCUCUUGAGAACGGGAUUUCGCCUCAUUUUUCUUCUCCUCAGCCGUGUUCUCGGUCUCUAAAGAGGGAGGUGCAUGCAGUGCUGAUGCUCGCGGCCGCCCUUGCCCGCUGCAAUCGCCCGGACGAUGCCCUUGCACUGCUGCGCUUCGUGCUCCAAUCGGGAUCUGCCACGUGGCAGGCUGUGAGGGGGCAGGUGGCGGUGGUGGCGAGAGAGGCGGAGGAAGCGGUGUUGCGGGCGCUGGCGAGGGCGAAGCGGUGGGGGGAGAUAGAAGAAGUGGUCGGGGAGAUGAGCUGCUUGAAACAACAAGCAGCAGGAGGAGCAGAGGGAGCAGAAGCAGUGGCGACAAGGGAGGCGGAGGAGGCAGUGGCGCGGCACAACAGCCUGUGGCAGAAGCAGCAGCAGAAGCAGCACCAGAAGCAACAGCAGAAGCAGCAGCAGCAGCAGAAGCGGAAUCAGAAGCAGCAUCAACACCACCACAAGCAGCAGCAGCAGCAGCAGCAGGAGGAGGAGGAGGAGGCGGAGCCGGAGGUGUAAACGAGUGGAGGAGAAGGGAGCUGCUUCUGAGAUCUGCCUGGGAGAGAGGCCAGUGUCAGCAGGUCGCAUCCAUGCUCCACAACAUGACUGAUGACGUGGCAGUUACUGCUGACGUGGCAUGCAGCAACAGCUCUAAGGUACUGCCAGCGCUUCCAUCCCCGCCAGCAACCACCAUGAACCUUGCAGUGCGCCUCUUGGGUGCUUCUGUCGUUCCGCAGCUAUUGCCGCCUUUGGUCCCACAGCUGCUGCCGGCAGCAAAUGCAAGUGCGGAGUCAGUAGUAGGCCAUGUCGCAGGAUUCAAAAUCUCCCUCAGCCUUGUCCACCAUCACCAGCACGCCCCAUCAGCAUCUGAUGGAGAGAGUCAAGUGCUGGCCCGUGCUUUUGCGGCUCUGCUCCGCCGCUAUGUCGCCGCGGUUAGCAGAGGCAACAGUGCUCGUGCUAGCAGCAGCAGCAGCGGGUUGCAGGUUGAUCUGCAUGGAUUGCACUCUGAAGCCGCUGCGGUGGUGCUGCUUGCCUGGCUUGGCGUCACGGCGAAAGGGAUAGCAGAAGGAGAGAACAACCAAGGUUCAAAGCAAGCAAGGCAUAGCAUCCAGUUAACUGAUAGAUAUUGGGGCUAUGCCAGUGUAAUAAGAGAGGCAGGGUCAUCUUCGUCAUUGGAACGGAAGCAUAGAGAAGGGGAGGGUACCGAAGAGCUCCCUGGUAGAGUUGCCAUUGUGACAGGAUGGGGGAAGCACAGUCGGAAGCAAGGAGCUUCUGCUGUAAGGAGUCGCGUGGAGAAGUUGUUGAUCGGCAUGA